AUGUCGACAAAAGACCAAAUCUCUGAAUUCUUACGUAACCCCCAGCAAUACACAAAUACAAUUCCUUGGAAUAAUCGAAAUGGACAGCUGUUCGAUCUUGGCCUGAGCUCAACACAGACACUGGAUGAGGAGAUGGUGAACGAGACAAUAAAAACCUUGCACAAAGAAAUAGAUGUUGUACUUAUCACUGCAUAUUUUGACGAGUCUUUAUUAAUAUUACGAGAUCUACUAUGUUGGUCUGUCAAUGAUAUAUUGUACAUGUCCAAUGGAAUACGGAGCGACAAUCGACGUAGCAAUCUGACAUCAACUGAUAAGGAUAAAAUACUAGAGUGGAAUAAGUCAGAUUUAAAUCUUUAUCUGUAUUUUAAGAAAGUAUUGUUCAACAAAAUUCGUCAGUACGGUCCAUGUUUUAAAUAUCAUCUUCAGGAAUUCCUUAAACUCCAAAACGAAACACUUGAGAAGUGCAUUGGAAAGGAACAGUUUCCGACAUGUAUUGAAGGAGAAUGCCACAGAGUUUUGCAUUCGUGUUUGGAGGGGUGA